AUGUAUGGUAAGUUGUUUGGAAAAUCCCCUCCUUUCGAGCAGAUCAAGAUGUCGCUUCUUGCCAAGUGGAACAGUAUUGGAGAGAUCUACAUCUCCGACCUUCCUAAUGGUUUUUUAUUGGUUAGAUACCCUACUGAAAAAGCCAUGCAGCAACUCCUUUUGGAUGGACCUUGGUCCGUAAACGAAAUCAUUCUACAGCUGUCCCCAUGGAAACCUUUUUUUGAACUGAGCUUCGCUAAGCUUAACUCCGCUGCAAUUUGGGUGCAGUUCCACAACUUGCCAGUCGAAUGCUGGGACGGUGAUGUUCUAGAGACCAUUGCUAGCAACUUCGAUAACCUCAUCAAAGUUGAUGAAUUUACAUCCAUACUGGCCAGAUCCAACUACGCUCGGGUUUGCAUCGAAAUUGACUUAUCUAAACUUCUCUGUCGAGGUUUUUGGAUCGGGGAUGAUUUCCAGAAGGUGUUCGUCAUAGUGAUGUACGAGAGAUUGCUGACAUUCUGUUACAAUUGUGGGCUUAUCUGUCAUGGUAGUAAGUCGUGCACUAGGCCUGCGUCGUCUGGGGCCGGUGGGUUCUCUUUGCCCUCUCGAGAUGAUCGAGUGCCAGUGGAAAGAACCUCCCAGGUCUCGCAUGACGCCGAUCAACUCAUGGACACAUCAGACCCUAUUUUUGUCCCUAGCCCUGAAGACAAUCUGGAAUCUGAUUUUGGACCUUGGCUUCUGGUAUCCCGCCGGCGCGGCCGUGCUCGGUGUCACGGCGGUGGUGUAAUGCGUGCCCCUCACGUGACUCCACGUACAACAGCCGGUGUGGAAGCCAAAAUCACUGAGUCCCGAGGUACUGUCUCCCAUAGCUCACAUAGCGGAUCUACAUUUGCUUGUCGUGGGCCGUCGUCCACCUUCCAUGCCUCUCACGAUUCCCUACACUCUAAUGUCGUUGAAACUCUAAACGUCCAAAAUCCCAUUGCAAAUCUAGCCGUUAAUCAAAACUUUGUGAUCAACGAAACCAUCAGAGAUAAUCCUUUAGAUCCAAUUCAAUCUCCUUCGCUUGAUCCCCAGACCACUACUCUGACAGACCCUUCAAGUCAAAACAACAUCCUUACCUCUCCUCGAGACCAUCCACCGCCAAACCCUCCCAAUCAAAUCGUUCCUUUUCAUUCUUCUCGAGGAGUCUCUCAGCAACCGCCCCAUCUAGACCUUGCCCUAGACCCAUCUCUCCCUCUCCCAUCCUGA